AUGGCAGAGAUUAUCCUGCCAUCCUCCCGGCCGGACGCCAAUAUCAGAAUGCUGUUGAUGGCAGCCUUUGUCCAUCUCCGCACAAGGCUAUUCCUCUCGCCGCCGGAGCCAGUCGAGGUCGAGCUGACCCUCGUCGACGGCGCCAGGGAGAAGGGAGCAGUGUGCUUGGACGGAACCCCAGCGGGGUACCACCUGCAGAGAGGCUCCGGCACAGGAUCCAGCAGCUGGCUCAUCCAUCUACAGGGAGCAGGCUGGUGCGGCACAGUAAAGGAAUGUUCCGAUCGCAAAAUGUCCAUGUUCGGUUCAUCUAACUUCAUGAAACCAAUACCGUUUGCUGGUGCUGGGAUCCUUGACAAUGAUCAGCAACUGAAUCCUGAUUUUUACAACUGGAACAAAGUCUAUGUACGGAAUUGCGAUGGGGCGUCAUUUUCUGGUGAUGCGGAAGGUCAAGCACAGGACGGAACCACCCUUUACUUCAAAGGAUUGCACAUCUAUGAAGCAGUUAUUGAUGAACUCAUGGAAAAAGGACUCUCCAAUGCUACGAAGGCCCUCCUUACAGGCUGUUCUGCUGGUGGUCUAGCCACGAUGUUGCAUUGCGAUGAUUUUAAUGAAAGGUUUCCUCGGGAGGAUUCAGUUAAAUGCCUUGCAGACGCUGGGUUUUUUCUUGACGUAAUGGAUAUAUCAGGGGAAAGGUCCUUUCGCUCUUACUAUGAUGGACUUCUUCACCUCCAGAAUGUUCAAAAAGUGUUACCCAAGGACUGUCUUGCCAAAAAGGACCCAACUCAGUGUUUUCUCUCCGCAGAGCUUAUUAAGAGCAUCAACACCCCUAUGUUCAUUCUCAACUCUGGAUAUGAUUCAUGGCAGAUACGAAAUGUUCUUGUACCAGAUCCAUCAGAUCCUGAUAAGUCGUGGUUGAGUUGCAAGGAUGACAUGAGUAACUGCUGUUCCACACAAGUUGAAGUGUUUGAUGGAUUCAUGGACACGAUGGUGGAUGCUUUGAAGGUUGUUGAAGACAAGGAGGACUGGGGAUUGUUCAUCGAUUCAUGCUUCACUCACUGUCAAUCCAUAUUUGGCCUCUCUUGGAAUUCAGCGAUCUCCCCAAGGCUAGGAAAUAAGACCAUAGCAGAGGUUGUUGGAGAUUGGUACCAUGGAAGGAGCCAAGGAGUAAAAGAGAUUGACUGCGAGUAUCCAUGCAACCCAACAUGCAACAGUUUGUUGCCGACAUGAUUUGUU